GUCGACUUUCGCAAUAGGACUGCUGAUCCGAAACAUCAGAUGGCCCAGCAGGACAAGCAGCUGCUGUUCUGGAACACCUUCUCCGUCUUCUACUACGCGUACUACCUGAACAUCCAUCAGUUGUACGGAGACCUGAAGGAUGUGCCGGCACUGGUGGAUGCCUCUGGGAAGGACAAGUGGCUCCGCGAGUGCUUCACUGUGCUCACGACCAUUCUGCUCGUCCUACGAUUCCUACUGACCUUUGCCGGACUCUCAGCAAGUGUGGUGGCCAUCUAUCCCAUCUUGACAAACUCCCAGCCAGAGCUGCUCAUGCCCAUCAUCAUUGUGCAGGCCAGCAACGAUGUGGUCCUCAAUCUGUACGAGCUCCUCGUUGGCUAUGGCGUUCUCAACUACCUCUUUCCCCAGAGCACGGCCCUGUUUGUGGUCUUCCUAGCCAAAAUGGUUAUCAAAAUCACUUGUUCCCUGUCCAGCUUGAACUACUAUUCGGAUCAGCAUAAUCGCUUGGUUCACCUCAACAGCUACAACAUCGAGGACGCGCAGAGUAUUGGCCCCAGCGAGGACUCUCUGUACGAGUUUGAGCUGAAUAACCUCAGCUUUCCUUCCGAAUAAACAGCAGUCCUAUCUCUCCCUCCCUCUC